AUGGUCAAAACUCUUUUGAAAGAAGACAACCCUCCGUUCAGACUUUCCUUGCUUGCUUCCGAUGACAUGAUUGAUUUGGCUUCCACAAGCGGUGAAGACAGCAGUGCUAAUGAUGCCACGGGCAGCUUAGGCGAUUGGAUUCAGAAAGGCUCCUGGUCAGCUAUGUUUCCAGUUAGCGGAAAAGAUGCCCCUGAGGAUGACAGCGACGAUGAAGAUUUUGAAGAAUUUGCCGGUGACGGCAUUGAAACAUCGCCAAAGCCACAGCCACACCCCACUCGCCACAUUGCUGGAUACGCAGGAGAAAAGGACGCAGCUGCGCUAGAGCGUCGAAGACGGUUGACAUCCAUGAUGAUGCAACACCAAGAAUCUGUGAGGAGCCUGGGUUCUCUAGCGGGAGCUUCCAAUCAUGAACCAAGUGCAAAGGAUGGAAACAACAGCUCUCUAACGGGGUCAUGGACAAGCAUGUUGGGAGGUUUUUUGGAUGCAAACAACAAGUCCUCGAACAGCAUCAACGGCAACCCUGACGACCUGAAAUCCAGUAGCAACCAUAGCACUGGCAGCAAACCGUCUCGCACCAGUUUGGCCAGGAUCUUCAAAAAGACAAGUUCGAAAAAGGUUUGUCACCCAUCCACAACCGUUGAGAAUGGCCCGCCUGAUGCUGCUGCCAAAGCCUCUGGCAAGCAAGAUUCCGACAUGGUGUAUGAUAUUGCCAAACCACGCACCUCUCUCCCUGCGUGUACCCACCGAAAGAGGGAGCUUUCGCCCAUCUGCAGGCCGCGCAGAACGCAUUCUUUGCAGCUUGCACACACCAACCCUGGAGUGAAGGAAACGUUUGCCACCGAACGCAAAGAGAGAAUCCACCGUAGCCAAAAGGGUCGAUCCCCAACCCGGUCUGUACGAAGCACUGCUGCUGGUGCACACGGAGAGCCAUUGGUCCGUCGCACACGUUCCGGUGACAUUAAUGGGAUCGGACAGAGACCUGCGCGUCGAACACGUUCCGGUGGUGAUGCAAAGGGUGGGAUUGUACAACCUUCCAGUAGUGAAAAGAGACCCAUACGGAGAACACGAACCGAAGAUGGCGCUGUCCGGCCAAGAAACCUCAGACGAACAUUGUCUUCCACUGCUCCUACAUGCAACAAGGGUGUUGCAAGAAGCUCUUCUACUUCUGGAACAGAUACGGGUGCCACCGGCGAGGCAACAUCGCGUCGCCCUCGUGCGGGGAGGGGCAGCCGCUCACCCCCGAGACGCACUCUGUCGGGGCCAUCCCUGAGACGCACGGCCUCUGGAACGGCGAGUCGACGUUCGCGAGGAGGCACUCAUGAUAACCCCACCAGACGAUCUCCCAAUCCUCCCUUGCGACGAACUCGCUCUGGCGACGGCGGCCGAUCCCCCUUGCGCCGAGCCACUACGGAUGAUGCUCACAGUGUUCGACCGAAACGAUCACCACCAUUGCGACGAUCCCGCACCGACGAUACUAGUAGCCAUGGUAGUACCGGUAGAAGGGACAUGACUCGGCGUGAAAAAGCUGCUGUGAUUCUUGGCGAUGAGUAG